CUGGAGGCGUCGUGCGGACGCGCUCCCGGAAUACGCUUGUCUGUCUGGGUCGUUCGUGGUCGCGCAGGUUGUGGGCGCUGUGCGGCUAUUACUAUGGCGGAGCUACCGGCCUUCUUUAUCGCCUUCAGCCUCCUUCUCUUUGGAGGGGGCCCCAGCUUUGCGUUUGAGCUUAAAUGUAUGUGCUCUAACUGCAUUCAGUCAAACUUCACCUGUGUUACGGAUGGUGCCUGCAUGGUUUCUAUCUCCAAUGUCAAGGGUAAAGAAUAUCAUUUGCGAGCUUGCAUUGGUCAUGAGGAUCUCGUACCUCCCGGAAAACCAUUUUAUUGUCUUAGCUCAGAGGAUAUUCGCAACACCCACUGCUGUUACUCAGAUUACUGCAACAAAAUCGAUUUAGGAGUGCCAACUGGACAAAUUAUAGUUGAUACUCCUUCAGGAUGGGGUCCGGUGGAGCUGGUAGCUGUUAUCGCUAUCCCGGUAUUUCUCAUUUGUGUCAUCCUCAUUGUCGUAGUCUUGUUUCACUGUCACCAGAGAGUUUAUCACAACCGCCAGAGACUUGACUUGGAGGAUCCAUCAUGUGAAAUGUAUCUUGCAAAAGAUAAAACCCUGCCAGACUUGGUCUAUGAUCUCUCCACAUCUGGUUCUGGCUCAGGACUACCACUUUUUGUGCAGCGAACUGUGGCGAGAACUAUUGUUUUGCAAGAGAUAAUUGGGAAGGGACGUUUUGGUGAAGUUUGGCGUGGGAAGUGGAGGGGCGGUGAUGUUGCAGUAAAAAUUUUCUCCUCUCGAGAAGAACGUUCUUGGUUUAGAGAAGCAGAAAUCUACCAAACCGUUAUGCUGAGGCAUGAAAAUAUCCUAGGAUUUAUUGCUGCAGACAACAAAGACAAUGGAACCUGGACCCAGUUGUGGCUUGUUUCUGACUAUCACGAACAUGGCUCCCUGUUCGACUAUCUCAACCGAUAUACAGUUACUAUCGAAGGGAUGAUAAAGCUAUCUCUUUCUGCAGCUAGUGGUCUUGCCCAUUUACAUAUGGAAAUUGUUGGCACUCAAGGAAAGCCUGGAAUUGCUCACAGAGAUCUAAAGUCCAAGAAUAUUUUGGUGAAAAAGAAUGGAAUGUGUGCUAUUGCAGACUUGGGUCUUGCUGUAAGACAUGAUUCUGCCACUGACACUAUUGACAUUGCUCCAAACCAGAGAGUCGGGACCAAAAGGUAUAUGGCCCCUGAAGUCUUGGAUGAGACCAUAAACAUGAAACAUUUUGAUUCCUUCAAAUGUGCUGACAUUUACGCUCUGGGGUUGGUUUAUUGGGAAAUUGCCCGCAGAUGCAGUGCAGGAGGUUUUCAUGAGGAAUAUCAGCUUCCCUUUUAUGACCUUGUUCCCUCGGAUCCAUCUAUUGAAGAAAUGAGGAAAGUAGUGUGUGACCAGAAGUUGCGGCCAAACAUACCUAAUUGGUGGCAAAGUUAUGAGGCUCUUCGAGUUAUGGGGAAGAUGAUGAGGGAGUGCUGGUACGCCAAUGGUGCAGCCAGAUUGACUGCUCUGCGCAUUAAAAAAACACUGUCACAGCUCAGUAUACAAGAAGAUGUGAAAAUAUGAAAACUCCAAGAACUCCCCUGAGAAAAUGUGGAAAAAUCAUACAAGCUGCCAUGAUGUAGUACAUAAGUAUGAGGCCUACCUCAGAGUUUCUUCCCAGACAACUGCCAGUUGAACAAUGGGGCCUUUUGGGUCACAAUGGAAGAGAACAGCACACUGCAUAAAUUCUAGGUUUGGGUAUGAAACAGGAAACCAAUGCCCCUCCAACCCCCCUCAACAGAAGAGCAAGAAGAUACAGAAUCAACAUUAGUUGAUUGCUUCAAGGCCUCAUUUUUUUUUUAAAACAGGAUAUUCACUGUGGCACCCCUCUCAUCCGUGUAGGGCACAACCCACUUCAUCUAGCUUGUAUGUUUAAAAAGGUUCAGGUAAUUGGCCACUGCAUAAGACCACACUCAUUUGUGUAACUGGGUGAACUUUUAUUGAGCAAGCUGAGGUUUUUCUUGGGACUUAUUCAAGUCACACACAAGGAGACUUCCCUUUUAAGGAUGGUUUAAUCUCGCUUUCAGGCAAUGUAUAAAGUGACUCUGGAGCUUGAAAGGAAAGAAUACACAGACUGCGUCCAUGCAUGUGCAGGUUGUGUGUAGCUCUUUUUGACCUGUGUUUUGUAGGUGCACAUGUGUACAUGUUAGCUUGUCUGCAUGCGCAAUUAUAAAGCUCCACUUUGAAGUGUCUUCUAGGUGACUUUAGUGACACUUAAUGUAACUGCAUACAGGGCCACUUGUCACCUAGUCUUUGCAAAAUCCAACUUUGAGCUUUUUUUUUUUUUUUUUACAUCUCGCCACCUGCUUCCUAAAACAAAAAAAAACAGGAGAUUCAUGCUGGUGAUAUUGAUUGGCAAUAGAAAUCUUUCAAUAACAGACCUUCAGCUUGCGCUGUCCAAGAGGAUUAGAAGAGAGGCGGAGAACCUGUAAAAAUCCACCAUUUGUCAAUGAAUCUCAGGUGUCAAGCAUUUGCCAACAGCAGGGAUUUUGAUGUUUGUGCUCAUUAACCAGGCAUCAAAGAGACAUGGUUCCUUCUGGCCUGCUUUCUCAAAGAUGUACUACUAUUAAAAAGCGGUACUGAUAUGAUAAGGUGUGGUUCAAGCAUGCGUCUGUGCUGGGGUGCCUGCUCCUGGGUUCAGCCACAGGCAGGAGGAGACGUGCGCUUUGUAUUUGAGCGACACAUCACAUUUUAAUACAGGAUCUUAGUUAAAUUCGGAGAAAUUUUGGUUCAGCAUCGACACUACAAUAACUCUGAAGCCAUAACUUUUAACUGGAGUGUUUUUUGAGACUUUGUUUCUGUUCUCUUUUUUUUUGUUUUUCCGUUUUAGGGGACUAUGGGGAUUUUAACUUUUUUAAGUAUAUUCUUUGUAA